UUUACAGUAAUCUGGAGGCCCACCUGUGCCUCUCAUGCCUACAGUAAGCCAUGGCGACUGAUGAUAAAGUAGCCAUUUUAACGGACGAUGAAGAGGAGCAGAAGAGGAAAUAUGUGCUGGCUGAUCCUUUCAACGGGAUCCCCAAGGAGCAAGAUCCCCAAGCCGAAAGCGACACGCCGUCAACGGAGACUACCACCACCACCAUUCCUGAUGAAGAGCUGGACUGGCUCGAAAAGCAUUGUGUGGUCGUGAACAAUGACCUCCUGGUCUCUAAAAUGUUUUAUUUUUUCUUUUAUGCUGCGUAUGGUUCCCUCUACCCGUUGCUCCCCGUGUAUUACAAACAACUGGGCAUGACUCCCAGCCAGAGUGGACUCCUGGUGGGCAUCAGGUACUUCAUUGAGUUCUGCAGCGCCCCCUUCUGGGGAGUGGUGGCGGACCGCUUUAAGAAAGGGAAAGUGGUCCUCCUCUUCUCCCUUCUAUGUUGGGUGCUGUUUAAUUUGGGAAUCGGGUUUGUGAAGCCAGCCACGUUGAGGUGCACGCCAAAGUUCCCACCCUCAGCACGUCCCACCAACGCCAGCCACCUUUCUACAGUAGCCCCACAAAACCUUUCUUUUUCUUCACCGAUCACUGUGGCUGGGGCUACGUUACCAAAGAGAAGAGAGAGGAGAGACCUGCCGCCUUCCGGCUUGCCACCAGUGGGCCCAGUUUUAUCUGUAGUUACUGAACCCACGUUGUACCCAUCUCCCGGUGGAGACUGGAAACCGUCUCUAAAAGAUGAAAGGAAUAUUGUUACCGGCAGCACUGCAAGGCCCGACUUGGUGAUUACCACGGGACAUUUUGGAAAUACGACCCAUGCUUCCACGUCACCUGCAGUCCCCACAAAGACAGUAUCUCCCGCUCAGGUCUCUCUCGUCUAUGAUCACAGGGAAGUGGAGGCUAUCUUCCUGCUUAUACUAUUAGUGGUCAUCAUAGGAGAGUUUUUCAGUGCCUCGUCAGUUACCAUUGUUGACACCGUUACCCUGCAAUACCUCGGCAAACACCGGGACCGCUAUGGGAUGCAGCGCAUGUGGGGCUCUCUCGGCUGGGGGCUGGCCAUGCUGUCUGUGGGGAUUGGGAUCGACUCAACCCGUAUCGAGGUCUCUGUGGAAGGCCCGGGUUGCAGACCUCCCGAAUACAAGAAUUACCGGAUCGUUUUCAUCGUCUAUGGGGUGUUGAUGACUCUGGCGUUGGUCGUGGCCACCCAGUUUCGGUUUCGCUACAACCAUUACAAGCAGGAGGAGGAGCAAAGCAGCGAGGCGGAGGGCUCCCAGGGGGACAGAAAUCCAUCCACGGACUCCUCCUCCAACGAGACCCCCAGUGACGUGGAUCAGGCGCAGUCCUUUAACUUUUGGGAUCUGAUCAAGUUGCUCUGCAGCAUCCAGUACGGCUCGGUGCUCUUCGUGGCUUGGUUUAUGGGCUUUGGAUAUGGCUUCGUGUUUACUUUUCUCUUUUGGCAUCUGGAGGAUCUAAACGGUACCACCACGCUCUUUGGCAUCUGUUCUGUCCUAAGCCACAUUUCCGAGCUGACACUGUAUUUCUUCAGCCAUAAAUUGAUCGAGCUGAUUGGCCACAUCAGGUAA